UUACAUUUUAAGUUUAUUUUUAAUAUUUAGUACAAUGUAUCUCUGUGAAAAUAAAGAAUAUAACUUAAUAGUUCAAAAUCAAUUUGCUAUAAUAAUAGUGAAAACAAUUUUAUGUAAAUUUUGUGAAUUGUGAAAAGCAUUUUUAAUCUUAUCAACUCAUGAUUUUUUGAAUAACAGUUCAUAUAAGGUUAAAGAAAAAUCAAAAAUAAACAAACUAGACAAAACUUAUAUUCCUGGAUGGUAUCAAGUGCUGCUGUCCCUUAUGCAGACUCUCAGCGUCUAAAAACACCGGCAGAGUCAAAUGGUGUGCAGAUUUUGAAGAGAAGGGUCAUCACCGCGUGCUCAGGAUUAUGCUCGGCCUCAUCCUCAUCCUGCUACCGGUUACUGUCUUCACCGCUGGAGUCAUGAGGCUUAACACUCCUCCCCAGAAGAGCCUUCCACACAUUCCGCGGGCAGAAAGUUUGAACUAUGAUGAGAUGCGAGAACACUCGGAUCAUGACUUCCUACAGGACUACAAGACCAGCUGUAUACCCAACCAGAACUCGUACAUCUCCCCGAGGGCACGUCGAGAUCUUCCCGACACACAGGCAGACUUAGAACCCUACAAGGGAAAUCUCAGUGAUUUGAUCAUAUGGAGUGUAUCUGGGAAACAAGAGGAAGUUCAGUUCUUGCCUGUCCAUAGCGGAGUCAACCAUAUCAAAGAAACCUCAAAGAACCGGACUGCAGAAGAAAAUGAAGGAGUAGAAGAAGAAUCGAAAGUGUUUCAGAAAACAGAGGAAAAAAGUAACACGCCCGGUGAAGAAAUUGAUAUUCUGGAAUACACUGACAUUAACAACAAGAACAAAAUCAAACCUCAUAUAAUCUACUAUGACAGUGGAAGCGAGGACAAGAGCCAGGAUAUAGACCAGAGCGAGCACCAGGAGGAAGAUAAAUUCGAAAAGGAUCCAAUAACAGACAGGCUUGGUUCGGACUGUGUGUCCUCAUCCUCUCAACAACACGCCUUCUGGAAAGGUGAAGGGGAUUUCAAGACAAUCAGGGAAGAGCAAAGCAGGCUGAUGCGGCUGUACAUGGACGCAACUGCUGACCCUUGUGUAGACUUCUACCAGUAUGCUUGUGGAAAUUGGGGCAACCACAACCCCAUCCCCAAGGAUAAGGCGGCUUUUGAUACCUUCGAGGUCCUGCGGGAAUCCCUGGACUCUGUGCUGCGGGAUCUGCUUCAGGCUCCUGUCACCUUUGAAGACUCUGAGGCAUACACUAAGGCCAAAAACUUGUACAAGAGCUGUAUGGGGGAGGACAUAUUGGAACAGCGAAAAGAAGCUCCAUUGCUGGAGUUAUUGGACAAGCUGGGUGGGUGGCCAAUCAUAACCCCUUGCUGGAACCAAUCGGACUUUGACUGGCUGGAACUAAUGGCCCAACUAAGACUGUACAAUAACGACAUCCUCAUCUCCGAGUGGGUGGGGCCGGAUAUCAAGAACAGCGAUGAGUACGUCAUCCAGUUUGAUCAGACAAGUCUGGGACUGCCGACAAGGGAGUAUUACUUACAAGCAGUGAACCUUGUGUACCUGGAAGCUUACCGCAACUACAUGGUGAAGGUGGCAACCCUGCUGGGGGCUGAUCCUGACAAGGCUUCCUCAGAGGCCAACCAAAUCAUCGCCUUUGAAACUGAGCUAGCACGGAUAACAGCGGCGCCAGACGAGAGACGGAAUGUAAGCGAGCUCUACCAACGUUUGACAGUGGGACAGUUGAGAGCUUACAUCCCCCAGAUUGACUGGCAACUCUACCUUUCCAUUGUAACUGAACGGCAAAUAAACUUUACUGAGCCUGUUGUUGUCUUUGCCCUGCGGUACAUGCAAGACCUGGUCACCUUGCUUGGCAAAACCUCUCCCAGGACAGUCUCCAACUACCUACUUUGGCGGUUUGUGAGACACAGAGUCAACAAUCUGGAUGACAGGUUCCAAGAGGCCAAGCAGAAGUUCUACUACAUUUUGUUUGGCCGAGAACAAUCUCCUCCCCGUUGGAAGAACUGUGUGGCACAGGUUAACAGCAACCUGGGUAUGGCUGUCGGUGCCAUGUUUGUCCGCAAGUACUUUGACGAGAACAGCAAGAAUGAUACGUUAAUCAUGACAAAGGAAAUCCAGAUGUCAUUUCAAGAAAUUCUGAACAUGACCACCUGGAUAGAUAAGGACACCAAGUUUCUGGCCUCGGAGAAAGUGGAUGAGAUGAUGCUGAGGAUUGGAUACCCUGACUAUAUUCUGGAUACUGAACAACUCACCAAUAGGUACAGAGAUGUGGAGAUCCAGCCAGAGAAGUACUUUGAGAACACGCUAAACAUUCUGCAGCACCUGACACGUGUGGAACAGGCUAACCUGGGAUGUAAGGUGAACAAGACCAUGUGGAACACUGCUCCAGCAGUUGUCAAUGCAUACUAUAGCCGCAACAAGAACCAGAUUAUGGUUCCUGCGGGUAUCCUGCAGCCACCAUUUUACCACCGCUACUUCCCUCGCAGCCUUAACUAUGGUGGUAUCGGAGUGGUGAUCGGCCACGAGAUCACACAUGGCUUCGACGACAAAGGUCGUUUGUUCGACAAGAACGGGAACUUGCACCGCUGGUGGAAAGAUGAGGCAAUCAACAACUUCCAUGAGCGGGCUAGGUGUCUAAUAGAACAGUACAGCAAGUACACUGUACAGGAAGUUGGGCUGCAAAUAGAUGGAAUCAACACUCAAGGGGAGAAUAUUGCAGACAACGGAGGCAUUAAGGAAGCAUUCAGGGCUUACAAACACUGGUUGAACAAGCAUGGUUGCGAGGAGGAAACGUUGCCUGGUCUUAACGCCACUGGCAUGCAGCUGUUCUUCCUCAACUUCGCUCAAGUGUGGUGCGGCAACACACGGCCAGAGGCCACCCGCAACAAGCUCAAGACCGCGGUACAUUCCCCGGGCAAGUUCAGAGUCAUCGGUACACUGACCAACAGUGAAGACUUCUCUAGAGUGUUCAGGUGUCCUCUUGGUUCUCCUAUGAAUCCACGGAAAAAAUGUUCAGUAUGGUGAGGAGAAAGACGCUCCUCCUCUGAGCCCUACCGUACGCUUAACUGCAUCGAGAUCCUGCUUUCUGCUGCAAUUCCAAAUUAGUCCGAUGUACGAACUAGACGGGUUGACUUUUAUACUUUUAUAAAUAAUUCCUUUUUGUAGUUUUGUACUUAUGUAGUAUAAUUUUACAUGCUUGUGCUUGUGAUUAAAGCUUAAGCGAUAUUGUAAAUUUGUAUUCAAACAAUAAACUGACUUUGUAUCUCUUAUAGAGCAACACAUGUGAUAAAUUGUAUAUUUAAUGUACUAGUAAAUGUUUCCUGGUAAAACACAAA